AUGGCGGAAGGCGCGGGAGGCAUUGACCGCAAAGCGGAUGAGAGGAUGGAGUUUUCCACCUCAAAGGAGGUUACUGUCCAUCCUACCUUUGAGUCCAUGUCCUUGAAAGAGAAUCUCCUCCGAGGUAUCUACGCCUAUGGCUACGAAUCCCCUUCUGCAGUUCAAUCCCGAGCCAUCGUACAGGUCUGCAAGGGACGCGACACCAUCGCCCAAGCUCAAUCAGGGACUGGUAAAACCGCAACCUUCUCCAUCAGUAUGCUUCAGGUCAUCGACACGGCUGUGCGCGAGACCCAGGCCUUGGUCCUUUCACCCACGCGUGAAUUGGCUACCCAGAUUCAGUCGGUCGUCAUGGCCCUCGGCGAUUACAUGAACGUUCAGUGUCACGCCUGCAUUGGCGGCACCAACGUGGGCGAAGACAUUCGAAAAUUGGACUAUGGCCAACACAUUGUGUCCGGGACUCCUGGUCGCGUCGCUGACAUGAUUCGAAGGCGACACCUGCGAACAAGACAUAUUAAAAUGCUGGUGCUGGAUGAGGCCGACGAGUUGCUUAACAAGGGCUUCCGGGAACAGAUUUACGACGUCUACCGAUACCUACCUCCCGCCACGCAGGUCGUGGUAGUCAGCGCCACGCUUCCAUACGAUGUGCUGGACAUGACGACAAAGUUCAUGACUGAUCCGGUUAGGAUACUCGUCAAACGUGAUGAGCUUACGCUCGAAGGCUUGAAACAGUACUUUAUCGCCGUGGAAAAGGAAGAUUGGAAGUUCGAUACCCUGUGUGACUUGUACGACACCCUGACAAUCACGCAAGCCGUCAUUUUCUGCAACACGCGCCGCAAGGUCGACUGGCUCACGGACAAGAUGCGCGAGGCCAACUUUACCGUCAGCAGUAUGCACGGCGAAAUGCCUCAGAAGGAACGCGACAGCAUCAUGCAGGAUUUCCGGCAAGGGAAUAGCCGAGUCCUGAUCUCGACCGACGUCUGGGCCCGUGGUAUUGACGUGCAGCAAGUCAGUCUGGUCAUCAAUUACGACCUGCCAAGCAACCGUGAGAACUAUAUCCACCGCAUAGGCCGAAGUGGCCGUUUCGGCCGAAAGGGUGUUGCUAUCAACUUUGUCACCACUGAGGAUGUGCGCAUCCUGCGAGACAUUGAGCUAUACUAUUCGACGCAGAUUGACGAGAUGCCAAUGAAUGUGGCCGACCUCAUCGCAUAG